UGGAAAAUACAAGUAUAUAUUAAGGGCAGAUGUAAUAUAUUGUUACAGUGAGCUUAUCUGUUUUCUGGGCUUGAGCCUGUGCAUAGCUGGCGAUUUUAAAGGAUGCGGUUAAAGCGCGGGCAGCGGAAAAUUACGGAGACGAGACGCGGGAAAUCAGCUACGCAGGCUAGAAUAAUUCAUGCAAUGUGCGUAUUGCAUAAGGUACCUGCCGCUUUAAUAAAUCGAUGACAAAUUAGAAGGUAAUCUUGCAAAUGGACCAAAUGAGCAUUCUGCUAUGUCAUAUAUCACCACUCCUAUUCGUUUCCUUAUGCAUUCAUGUGACAAGCAAAUUCCAGAGAAAUUACUCGUCUUAUUUCGUCUAUCUAAGCAAUAAAAUCUUUAGUGGUAUGACAAUAAUUCCUAUUUUUCUAGGUAUCUGCAGGUGGAAAUGUGACACAGUUGAACCUGGCAGCGGACAUGAUCGCAUUUUUGCAUAGAAUGUUGAAGAGUGCCAAAAUAUCUGAUGCUGAAUGUGAAAAGAAUGUUGCUGACGUAGUGUGUAAAGUUGCAAUUCCUGCUUGUUCCAAAGAUCAGACCAAGAUCGUAUCUCUCCUCAGCAAACAAGAUUGUCGCGAGAUCGUCGGAUGGUGAGUUCCAUUCCUAGUUCAGGGCUCAAUAAUAUCACAUAGUACUAGUGUCUGCAAGCACAAUUCAUAACUUCAGAAAGUGCCUGCAAAAAUGCAUCGUAUUUUAGGCUUUGAGAGCUACUGUUAUAACGAGAUUUUAACAUGUGCCUGCAUAAGUUCAAAAAGUGCCUGCCAGCAGCAAUCACACUCUCGCGCGCAUUGUAAUGAUGCCUGCUAUCUUCACAUGAAACUUGAGAAAUAUGUUGAAACAUUUUUUGAUAUAAUAUCAUUUCUAUGGUUAAUUCUAACAGCUCGCACAAAAACCGGUGGCUGUGUACAUACUUGGAACUGAACUCAGUUGGUUGGAGCGCUGCACCAGAAUCGCAGGGACGGUUAGGGCUAAAAAUCGGUAAAAAAUUUAUACUCGGAAUUUUCACUUACAGAAACCUUUCAAGUAUGUUCCAGUCUAUACCUGCCCUUAGAACAUGCUUUCUACUUCAGCUAAAGCAUAAAAACUAUAGGAUUUUUUAUGAACCAGUCUCAUUUUUGGCUGGUUUGCUCCACUGGUUCUUUUAUGCGGGUUUUUACUGCAUUGUGUCAUAACUUGUAGUUCUUUUCUUCCAAAUGUAGUGUCAACAAAACAAAUGAUGCCAACUUGAUACAAGGAACCCACGGUUUAUGUGAUGGCUUGCCAGAUGGUACAACAGCAAAGAAAUACUCCCUGGAUAAUGUCUACGACAAUAAAGCAGCUGGUCACGCCAUGGCAUUCAGCAGUUUGUUCAUUGCCAGCCUUGUCAGUCUAAGUUUCUUUUAGGUUUAUAGAAUAAACGUUUUUCAUGAAGAGUAGCAGGUAGCCAGGAGAGCAGUUAGGCAGAAGAUUGUAAAGAGGCUAAACACGUUUUUGAGCAUGACCAAGUUUCUCUGAACUGUAAUUUAACGGACCGUUUAUCUUUGCAACUUUUGCUGCGAUUAAUUUUGGGUGCGAUUUUGUUCUUCUGGUGUAUGUGAACGAGUGGAGAAGUUGUAAUUCAGAUGAGGGUACACAUACUCGGAACAUUCACAACCCAAACCACUCCUUCCCAUCCAUCAGGAGAAAAUACCACCAGAAAUCGCAGCAAAAAUUGCAUAUGUAAACGGGCCUAAAGGCUCGUUUCCAAAACUAACUCGGAAGCUCGCAGCGAGUGCUUGCAUCUAAUUAAAAUACACUGGUCGAGCAUUGUGAAUUGUGAUCGGAUAACCGUACUCGCAGCAAGUUGACUCUUGAGAUGAGUGGAAAACAGCCUUUACAUAAGACCAUGCACACUAUUAGUUUCGACUUCAGUCGUUUCUGGAUAAGUUUUAUGUCUAUGACAGAUGAAACUGUCAGACUUCUCAUUUUAGUUUUGUAAAGAGAGUCUUUUAAACAAGACUUUCAUCUUGCAUAAUAUAAGAAGAUACAUUCUGUUAUAGUUGUAGCUGCUACCUUCAUGAAAAACGUCACGUCGAAGCAGGUAUUGAACAUUAUGGACUGUUAAUACAUUAUCGAGUUAUAGUUUAUCUGCAUGGAUUGAUAUUAGUUUGCAUGGACUGUUAAUACAUUAUCGAGUUAUAGUUUAUCUGCAUGGAUUGAUAUUAGUUUGCAUGGACUGUUGACACAUUAUUGAGUUAUAGUUUAUCUGCAUGGAUUGAUAUUAGUUUGCAUGGACUGUUAAUAUAUUAUCGACUUAUAGUUGUAGUUUAUCUGCAUGGAUUGAUAUUAGUUUGCAUGAACAAUUAAUGCAUUAUCGAGUUAUAGUUGUAGUUUAUCUGCAUGGAUUGAUAUUAGUUUGCAUGGACUGUUGAUACAUUAUCGAGUUAUAGUUUAUCUGCAUGGAUUGAUAUUAGUUUGUAUGGACUGUUAUUACAUUAUCGAGUUAUAGUUGCAGUUUAUCUGCAUGGAUUGAUAUUAGUUUGCAUGAACAAUUAAUGCAUUAUCGAGUUAUAGUCGUAGUUUUAUCUGCAUGGAUUGAUAUUAGUUUUGUUUAUAUGAUAUUUAAAGGUUGUUGUGUUAUAUAUCAUGUAGAUUAAUUGUUGAUUCACAGUGGCACGUAUACUUGUGAGGGUAUUUAUUUUUUUGUUUCACUUCGAUAUUCUUCCAGCCUCUCAUUAGCCCCCAGUCCAGAAUAAGCUCCACGGAAAUAGAGUGGGAAUAUGAUUAACACAUGAUUAAUCAUAUUUGUAUAGGUAUAAUCGCAAAGAGCCGAGUAAAAUUACGAUUUAAUUUCACGCGUGUUUUCAAAGUUUCACAAGUGAAAUUAAACCUUAAAUUUACGAGGAACUAUACGAUUACUUGUUAAUUCAAG